CCUUUCCUUCUUUCGGAAGUUUGGAUGGAUGGUCCUACUGGACCCGCCUACAUGGUAUAAGUAACUUCUCUCUCCGCCCAUCAGAGGCGGCGAUUCUAACGGUCAUUUCAUUUCGGUCCUCCGCCCGGCGGCCCGUCCCCUACGCGCUGUCGCCAUGACUCGCUCAACCACCCCACCUCCUUCUUCCCCUGACCUCACUCAUUCUCAUGUAGUAAAUCCACCCCAAAUACCCAUCGAGAUAGUCGCCGAAGAUGAGAUGGCACUAAUCGAAGCCGCCUUCGCCGCCACCGCGGCGCUGCCUUCCUCCCGGAAUGUCAGGUCAAUUCGGUCCAUCACUCUCCUGUCCAAGCGCGGGCUAUCUGCUUGCACAGCUUCCGGAUCGCCUGACAUAGAGGAUUCGGGUCGGAUCUCCGGGUCGGGCAGCCCUCGGAAGACUCUAAAACACCUGGCGCUGGAGCCUUUCCUGCAUCAGUUUCGGAGGGGGAGAGGCCUAUCCGUCACUGACAUUACUGGAACGGAAUGGUGUGAAAAACAAAUGGAGUUUAUUCUGCUUCUUGGGAAACCUAAAAGGACGAAAGCUAUGAAAGCAGGCAGUGCUCGCCAUGUAAUACUUGAAGAAGAGGUGAUCAAAAGGGUCAAAGUUGAAGUUCAAUCAACUGAAGACGUGUGGGCGCUUAAAUUAAUGAAUUUUAUUGUCGGUGUAAACCAGCUUCUAUUUGAUGGAUUAACACGCGAAUUACCUUUAGUGUGGUUUGUAGAAGGUGUGUGGAUGGUGGGAGUCAUAGAUGAGCUUCGGAUGUCUGUAUCAGAGUCCAAAAGAUCCCCAAUGUUAGUUGACACAAAAACUCGCGUUCAAGCAAAACUUCCAGGUGAACCGCAAAAGAGAAACGGAAGGUAUAAGACUUUGAACGAUGUGGUGAGAUAUUUUGGAAAUAGUUGUCAUUUGCUGCCGCAGGCUCACGACAAGCUACUAUUGAGAUAUGAGUUACAGGAAGACAAUUCCUUACUUGGUGAAGAUGAAUUUACUUAUGAGCAUGACUGGGUUAAAGAUCAAAUCAAGUCUUGUCUUGAGUUUUGGCUUGGAAAACGAGAAGCAACUUAUCCUCCAAUGGAUGAGCGCUGGAAAUGCAGGCACUGUAAGUUCGCCUUUGUUUGCACAGUUUUCUCUGAUAACCAAAACUGUUCUUCACCAAGUAAAACUGUGAAUGAAGACGAAGCAUGUUGUUCUUCUGAUAAGUAAAAUCAUUUUUUUUAUGAUUUUUAUAUUUUAUAUUUAAAGAGAAUCAAUCAGUUCUAUUGAAGCUUCUCUGUUACCCUCUUCAUUGUUUAUCAGUUAUUGUGGAGGAUUUUAAUCAUUUAAUGUAUGUUGUUCAUGUAAAUAGUGACUCAUUCUUUUUCUGUUGUAGUGAGUAAUAGCAGAAGAUCAAUAUGUAAGGGUUGAACAAAUAUUUAUCGAUUUCCAUAAAUGUAAAUCCAUGAAUUGUUAAUAAAGAAUAUUCACGAAUCUCUAUUAUAUUGCUUCAUCAAACAGGAGGCUUUCAGUUAACAGGUAAAUCAUUUAAAGACAAUUAUUUGUUGUACUGUUAUUAGUCUGAACAUUCAGCCCCAAAAUACUUCUUCCCAGAAAGAUGAAUCAAAAUUGAGAAUCGGAAUCCUACUUUUCCCUCUCAAUUCUCUUGUCAACGACAAUUAUGGAAUCAUCAUUGUUGAAGUGUAUUGUGUUUAUGUAUGUAUGAUACUAUGAUGUAUAAGAUUACAGUCUGCUAUUGAGUGGUUGUCACAAAUGAAAAAUCAUUUUAGAUUGAUUGGUGAUACAUAAUCUGGAAGGGAAAUAAAUACAAUCUUACUCCAAUUUUCCAUUUAUGCCCACUAUUUUCUUAGUUGUAUAUAGUUGGCCAAUUUUGUUUUCAGAGUUCCAAUUUUCUACAAUAAUUUUGUGUUAUGUCAAGUUAUUUGAAUCUUCAUCUUCCGACAUAUAUCACAUAAAAGCUUUCAACCAAUCUAUUCAAUAAUUCAACGUAUUGGACCAUGAUCAUAUUUGUUGAAUAUUCAUUUUCUAACAUAUAUCAAACCAAAGGACGAUCUUAUGCAAUAAUUACACGUAUUGGUUUCAUCACGCUUCUACUAUCAGUGAGUAACGAAAUUGCUAUCAAAGCAACUAGAAAGUCUCAAAUUACAGUUUCUGUUCACCGGUUGUGACCAUAUAAUUUCAUUGGCACAAAAGAUAGGUUAGAAAGAAAAGGUGUUAUAGAGGAUGUUGUCUGCUCUUGGUGUGGGGAGCAUACUGAGGACUUAGAACAUAUAUUUUUUAGCUGUGUGAGAGCUAAACUUGUUUGGAUGUUAGUUGGUAUCCACUGGGAUGUGGAAGGGGAUAAACCUGUGUGAGAAUGUUGGGAAAGUUUGUGCAAGCUGCAGGGACUGGGUAAGGGUUUGGAUAGAAUAUCAUUGUCUACUUACAUUCUCUGGUGGUUGUGGAAAACCAGGAAUAUUUUGAUCUUUAGAGGAGUGAAAAUUUAUAAGAGAGAGUUAGUUGAGGGAGCUAGGCUUGAGUGGAUGGAGUUUGAGGAGGCAGCAGAUAGCUCUCAGGGGCAAAUUAGGAGGGUAUAGGAACAUGGAGUAGGAGUCUUAGGCAAGAAUCCAGUGCUGCAGUUUCUGAAGGAGAGGGGAUGAGGGUGAAAGGAAGAGCCUACAUUAAAGAUGAAGAAGUGGCAGUAUGGUCUGUUUCUAGGGAGAAAGUCAAUCUUUCAGUGGAAUCAGAGAUGCUGCAACUGAGGGAAUGGUAAGGACAGGGUCAAGGUCUGGGGUGGAAGAAAGUGCAGGUAUUUCUGGAUAAUGAGCAGGUGGUGAAGUGGUUAAAUACUAGAAAGGAUUUUCCUUCUAGUUUGUAUAUAUGCUGUUGUUCAAGACAUUUUCAUUUUGUCUAAUUUCUGUCUUCUGUACAUGUUUAGUUUGAGUUGAUGGAUUUUGUUGUUGCUGUGUUUUUGUUUUGGCCUCUAUGAUCUUGUAGGGGUGGCCGAGUGUGGCCUCCCCCUUGUGAAAAGUCAUUUGUAAGUUGUGGGUUGGAACUUGUGCAAUCCGUUGAUUGCGCAGUCUGUAUAUUUUCGAGUUAGUGUAAUGCAAUUUGAUGUUCGAAAAAAAAAAACUGUUAUUUUAUAAAGUUUAAAUGGUAUCUUUGAAUAAAGAUUGAAUACUUA